GGAACUAUGUGGUACUGUCGGGAAAUGGGGCAUAACGUCACGAAAUGUCCAAUGAAGAAGGCAGGGGAGGCGCCAGCUGCUGCUGCUGGUGACCUGAAGCGGGAAAAGGAGGAAGAGAAGGACGGUCACGAGGAGACCGGCUUUGAGGAGAGUGGCAGUAUUGGGGAGAUCUGUCUUGCCAAAGAGAGAGGCUGUGGCGAAGGGAAGGCGGCCAGAGAUAGGGGAGACUGUUUCGUUCUGGCCGAUGGGAAGGGCGAUACUGCUCAUCCUGGUGUGAGUCAGCUAGCGCCUCGGGGCAAUCUCGAAGAGUUACCGACCAUUUCUCCCGCUUCGCGUUCUGAGCUCUCGAAGAGAUACGCCAGCAUUCCGGUCGCGGCAUGCCGAAACCCCAUCACGGGCUCGAAGGACCCACUGGAGGCCCAGCUUUCCACGGAGGAACAAUCCCUUCUACAAUAACACAGUCACCAGGGAUGAGCUCGAGGGACCAGCGACUGUGAUCUUUGCCGGGAAGGGCGUUCCAUUGGACAGUGUAAGGGCGGCGACAGAGUGAUGGGAGGAUGUAGUACAUGUUUACGUAUGCACACAUGGGGAAUGUUGAAG